AUGGCCACCCUCGUUCAAACAUUCGAGUCCCCCUCAAACCCAAAUCGAAGCAUCACCUACGCCCAUCUGAACUCAGGAGCUCAACACACGCUUUUAUUCUGUUACGGAGCAGCCAGCAACUCUUUAACAACAACUCUAUAUGAGACCUUUCUGGAGUCCCAUGCAGACCUCUCAUUACUAUGUGUUGACCGAUGGACCCAAGGCAAGGAUGCCGCCCGCACCGGGCCAGCCCUGCUAUCCGAGCUUACGUCCAUCACCCUAGAGCUCCUGGACUCGCUGAAAAUUGACCAUUUCAGUAUUGCAUCCCACUCAGCGGGCGUCUACCAACAACUCCACCUCGCGCAAAGUGCAUCAGAGCGCGUGGAGCACGUCUUCCCCAUAUCAUCGCACAUUCCAGGACCCUACACCGACUCCAAAAUCAUGAAUGCCAUGUGCUCGAUGCCAGAUUUUCUAUUCAAGCCCAUCACAAAUCUAGACUCUACCAUGUCCAACACGUUUAUUGGAAAGACGUUUGUCAACAUGAUGGCGAAGAAGCGGGGCAAAGAUAAUGAUAGACUCUAUGUUUCUUCUUCGGAAAAUAUGAGGCUUGUUCAUGAGCGAAUUAUAGCUGAGCGUGCGAUUAACCCGGUGCGCGCUGAAGCGUCGGAUGUUGAUUAUCGCUUUGUGUAUGGGCGCAUCGAGGGGAUUAAUGCUGAUUACCUGGCAGGACUUUAUCGGGACUGUCCUGUUCGCAUCACCUGGUAUACGUCGGAUGGAGAUGUUUUUUUUCGGACCAAAGUGUGUAGAACGGAUCUCCAAGGAUAUGACUAG